CGGUGGUGGGAAAGUGAACGAGGCCAGAGUCAAAGCGGCGCAUUCUGAGGCAGGUGGGGUCCCUGUGGAAGAGGGAAGGCAGGCGACCGCAUAGUUCCUGACUCCGGAGGCCGGCGGAUCAGCAAUUGCAGAAGCAGACAGCAGCAGAGAAGGGAUGGUGCGGGGAGGCGCCGAGGAGGCGCAGUCCGCCCCUCUCAGGGUUAGUGAAUGAGGCUCUCUGCCCGGGCCGGCCCGGGGACUGUGCGCUGCGGUUCCCAGCAUGAGUGCGGGCCCCGGCUGUGAGCCCUGCACCAAGCGACCCCGCUGGGGCGCCGUUGCAACUUCUCCGCCGGCUGCAUCGGACUCCCGGAGCUUCCCUGGCAGGCAGACACGCGUCCUCGACCCCAAGAACGCUCCCGUGCAGUUCAGGGUCCCGCGGUCCUCGCCAGACUGCUUCCCGGGGCGGGCGGGACCGCACAGAGGCAGCGCCACCUCUCUUGUUUUCAAACAAAAGACUAUUACCAGUUGGAUGGACACUGAAGGAAUCAAGACAGCUGAAUCAGAUAGUUUGCAUAGUAAAGAAAACAACAAUACAAGAAUAGAAUCCACGAUGAGUUCUGUACAAAAAGAUAACUUUUACCAACAGAAUGUGGAAAAAUUAGAAAAUGUUUCUCAGCUAAGUCUUGAUAAAUCACCCAUUGAAAAAAGUACACAGUAUUUGAGCCAGCGUCAGACUGCAACUAUGUGUAAGUGGCAAAAUGAAGGGAAACAUAUGGAGCAGCUUUUGGAAGGUGAGCCUCCGACAGUAACUCUGGUACCAGAGCAGUUCAGUAAUGCCAACAUUGAUCAGUCACCCCAAAAUAAUGAUCACACUGACACAGAUAGUGAAGAAAAUAGAGAUAAUCAACAAUUUCUGACACCCGUAAAGCUUGCAAAUGCAAAGCAGCCUAUGGAAGGUGAACAGGCCAGAGAAGCUAGAAGUCACCAGAAAUGCAGCAAGUCUUGUCACCCUGUGGAAGACUGUGCAGGUUGUCAGCAGGAAGAGAUAGGUGUGGUACAAGAGAGUCCAUUGUCAGACAUUGGCUCUGAGGAUAUUGGUACUGGACCAAAAAAUGACAACAAAUUGAGUAGACAAGAAAGUAGCCUAGGAACUUCUCCUCCAUUUGAGAAGGAAAGUGAACCUGAGUCACCAAUGGAUGUAGACAAUUCCAAAAAUAGUUGUCAAGACUCAGAAGCAGAUGAAGAGACAAGUCCAGGUUUUGAUGAACAAGAAGAUGGCAGUUCCUCCCAAACAGCAAAUAAACCUUCAAGGUUACAAGCAAGAGAAGCUGACACUGAAUUUAGGAAACGGUACUCUACUAAGGGAGGUGAAAUUAGGUUACAUUUCCAGUUUGAAGGAGGAGAAAGUCGUACUGGAAUGAAUGAUUUAAAUGCCAAACUGCCUGGAAAUACUUGUAGCCUGAAUGUAGAAUGCCGAAAUUCCAAGCAACAUGGAAAAAAGGAUUCUAAAAUCACAGAUCAUUUCAUGAGAAUACCUAAAGCAGAGGACAAAAGAAAAGAACAAUGUGAAAUCAGACAUCAAAGAAUAGAAAGGAAGAUCCCUAAAUACGUUCCACCUCACCUUUCUCCAGAUAAGAAGUGGCUUGGAACUCCUAUUGAGGAGAUGAGAAGAAUGCCUUGGUGUGGGAUCCGGCUACCUCUCUUGCGACCAUCUGCCAAUCACACAGUAACUAUUCGGGUAGAUCUUUUGCGAGCAGGAGAAGUACCUAAACCUUUUCCAACACAUUAUAAAGAUUUGUGGGAUAACAAGCAUGUUAAAAUGCCUUGUUCAGAACAAAACUUGUAUCCUGUGGAAGAUGAGAAUGGUGAACGAACGGCAGGCAGUCGUUGGGAGCUCAUUCAGACUGCACUUCUCAACAAAUUCACACGACCUCAAAACCUGAAGGAUGCUAUUCUGAAAUACAAUGUAGCAUAUUCUAAGAAAUGGGACUUUACAGCUUUGGUUGAUUUCUGGGAUAAGGUACUUGAAGAAGCAGAAGCUCAACAUUUAUAUCAGUCCAUUUUGCCUGAUAUGGUGAAAAUUGCACUCUGUCUGCCAAAUAUUUGCACCCAGCCAAUACCGCUUCUGAAACAGAAGAUGAAUCAUUCCAUCACAAUGUCACAGGAACAGAUUGCCAGUCUUUUAGCUAAUGCUUUCUUCUGCACAUUUCCACGACGAAAUGCCAAGAUGAAAUCAGAGUAUUCUAGUUACCCAGACAUAAACUUCAAUCGGUUGUUUGAAGGACGUUCAUCAAGAAAACCAGAGAAGCUUAAAACACUCUUCUGCUACUUUAGAAGAGUCACAGAGAAAAAACCUACUGGGUUGGUGACAUUUACAAGACAGAGUCUUGAAGAUUUUCCAGAGUGGGAAAGAUGUGAAAAACCCCUGACGAGAUUGCAUGUCACUUACGAAGGUACCAUAGAAGGAAAUGGCCGAGGCAUGCUACAGGUGGAUUUUGCAAAUCGUUUUGUUGGAGGUGGUGUAACCAGUGCAGGACUUGUGCAAGAAGAAAUCCGCUUUUUAAUCAAUCCUGAGUUGAUUGUUUCACGGCUCUUCACUGAGGUGCUGGAUCACAAUGAAUGUCUUAUUAUCACAGGUACUGAACAGUACAGUGAAUACACAGGCUAUGCUGAGACAUAUCGUUGGGCCCGGAGUCAUGAAGAUGGGAGUGAAAGGGAUGACUGGCAGCGGCGCUGCACUGAGAUCGUUGCCAUUGACGCACUUCACUUCAGACGCUACCUCGAUCAGUUCGUGCCUGAGAAAAUGAGACGCGAGCUUAACAAGGCUUACUGUGGAUUUCUCCGUCCUGGAGUUUCUUCAGAGAAUCUUUCUGCAGUGGCCACAGGAAACUGGGGCUGUGGUGCCUUUGGGGGUGAUGCUAGAUUAAAAGCCUUAAUACAGAUACUGGCAGCUGCUGCAGCUGAGCGAGAUGUGGUUUAUUUUACCUUUGGGGACUCAGAAUUGAUGAGAGAUAUUUACAGCAUGCACACUUUCCUUACUGAAAGGAAACUGACUGUUGGAGAAGUGUAUAAGCUGUUGCUACGAUAUUACAAUGAAGAAUGCAGAAACUGUUCCACCCCCGGACCAGACAUCAGGCUUUAUCCAUUCAUAUACCACGCUGUUGAGUGCUGUGCAGAGACUGCCGACCAGCCAGAGCAGAGGACAGGGACCUGAGGAGCUAAACGAAUAGAACCUCCUCCCACC